AUGGACAUAAUCGCCAUUAUGGUCUUUAGAUUUGACUGCAAUAAUGGACAUAAUGGAGAUAAUGGCCGUAGUGGACAUAAUGGCCAUAAUGGACAUAAUGACCGUAAUGGACAUAAUGACCGUAAUGGACAUAGUGGCCUUAAUAGCCCUAAUGGCAGUUUACAGAAUCAGUUUCGAGAUAUUAUGAAUGUUCCUUCAAUUGUAGCAGAUGUUUGGAAUGAAGAUUGUGAACAUUUAUCUCAGCAUUGUUUGUCCGAAUGGGUAGUAAUAUCUGCAUAUCCUAUUUUUCCUGGAAUGUUUCAAUUUAUUUAUCUAACUAAUCGAUCAGUUGAUGAAUUCAAAAAAAAUGUUGCACCUAAUUUUGUGUGCUUCAAUGUACGAAGAUGUCCUGUGUUAGCAUCAAAAAUUGUUUCUAUUAAAAUACUUGAUGGAUUAUCAUGUUGUCAUCUUUCGAAUCUAACAAAAGAUGUUCAAUUCAAAGAUUUUAAUGAAAUAGUUGAAAAAUUCGGAUCGCUUAACCAACAUUGCUUAAAAAAUGGAAUUGAACAAUCAUGUACAGAUCCAUCUUAUUUUCAUUGCAAUAAAUCCAUGAAAUGUAUUCCAUAUCAUCGAGUUGGUGAUGGUGUGGUUGAUUGUCGUUUUAGAGAGGGCGAAGAUUUUAAUGCUUGUCAAUUGAAUGAUACAACUCGAUUUAAAUGUCAAUCAAAUUUGAAUAAAUGUUUUUCACCAGUUGUCAUUGGUGAUGGAUUUCAUGAUUGUCUUUCGAGAGAAGAUGAAAUAUUUACAUACACACAAGACUUAGUCAAAUUAAUACCAUUUCCAGAGUUAUGUAAUCUUCAAAAGAAUAAAAAUGUAGUUCCACUGAAUAUUAAAGAAACUGAUGAAAGCAAUUGUACUUGGUAG